GAUGUAUACACUCCUAUUUUUAUUAGCAUGAUACACAGUGCAUUGAUGUGGUUGUAUGAAAUAAUUCGAAAGUGCAUAUGAGACACACCGCAUUUCAGCAUUUGAUCAAGUUAGUACAGCUGAACAAAAAACAUUAGACUAGCAAGAUGUCACUCUCAAAACGUGAAUAUGAGGAGUACAAGGGAGCAGUGGAGAAGUUGGUCUACAAGUAUGUGUCACGGGAUCGGUCCAGUGUUGUGUCAGCCAUCACCCAUGCUGUGGACUCGGGUCUGGACAAGAGAAAAGUUGAAGACAAGCUCAUGGGAUAUGUUGACAAGAGUCUGGCAUACAAAUUAGCCGAGAAGGCUUUUGGAAUCCUGGAAGACAUGGGGGCCAAAGUUAAAACUUCAUCACGGAAGCGCACUCACAAAGAUGAAAAUGAACGUGAGAAGGAGAGUAAGAGGGCAAAAGUCAAGGAGGAGAAAGAACCUCCUGUAGAGAGUAAACCUCCUCAGCCUCCCUCAUCUGGGCCCAACAAUACAGUUAGUCCAGGCCAAAUACAGGCACAACAGAUUAAGGACAUUAUGGCUAAAGCUCAAGCUGUCAUUGAAGAGAGAAAGAAGGCUAUGGCUAGUCUACACCCUCCUGAGCCUAAGCCAACCACUAAUGGUGCAGCACUUCCCUUGAUGCCUGGGCCACCACCCUCUUUGCUCGGAGCUCUUGCUGGUGGAGAUGUGAAUUCUCGUAUUGCUGAGCUGCAAGCUCGCAUUCAGGCCCAGCUGGGGAACAACCCAACCCUUGGGCUUCCAGGGUUACCAAUGGGGUUACCUGCUGGUGCACCACCUCCCCCAGCUGCUACUGUGGCUAAACCUGUUGGGGAGCAAAGCAAACCAACACCACUCAUCCUUGAUGCAGAAGGACGGACAGUGGAUCAGAGUGGCAAAGAGGUUCAUCUGACACAGCGGAUUCCAACGUUAAAGGCCAACAUCAGAGCUAAGAAGCGUGAGGAAUUCAAACAGCAACUACAGGAGAAACCUCUAGAGGACACUGCUGAGAGCAAUUUCUUUGAUGGUCGGAUUGGUGGGCGGCCACCAGUUCGGGUGAAAAGAAUGUUCAAGUUUCAUGAUCAGGGAAAGUUUAUACAGCUGGCACAGAGAGAAAGAGCUAAGUCUCGCUUGGAGAAGCUGCAGUUUGAAAUAUCACAGGUGGCCAAGAAAACUGGCAUUUCUUCAGCUGCAAAACUUGCUCAGUUGGAACAGCGAGAGUUAAAGAGUGGCCCAUCAGGUUUACCAGAUGUAGAGUGGUGGGAUGCUGUAAUACUAGAGGGAAACAGAUAUCCUGAAGAAGGAGAACCUGUAAAGGUAAAGGAUGACUACAUAACCAGGCUAAUAGAACAUCCACUUGAGGUUAAGUGCCCUUCAGAUCCUACUAAACCUGUGAAUCUUCAAGUCUUCCUCACAAAGAGAGAGCGGAAGAAGCUGCGACGUAUGAAUAGACGGGAGACUUGGAAAGAGAAGCAGGAGAAAAUUCGUUUAGGCCUAGAACCACCCCCAGAGCCUAAGGUGCGCAUGGCUAACUUGAUGAGGGUGCUUGGGACAGAAGCUGUCCUUGACCCCACCAAAAUGGAAAAGCAUGUACGGGAACAGAUGGCCAAGAGGCUCAAGGCUCAUCAGGAUGCCAAUGCUGCCCGGAAGCUCACACCUGAGCAGCAAAGAGAUAAGAAAGUUCGCAAGAUUAAAGAAGACACCUCCACUGGGCUUCAUGUUACUGUGUACAAAGUGACUGACUUUUCCAAUGGCUCUCACAAAUUCAAAGUAGAAACCAAUGCCAAGCAGCUCUUCAUGACUGGCACAGUGGUAUUAUUUAAAGACAUCAAUGUUGUGGUUGUAGAAGGAGGUCCAAAGCAGCAAAAAAAGUAUAAGAGAUUAAUGAUGGAACGCAUUAAAUGGGCAGAAGAGUCACGUUCAAAAGAUGCAGACCUGGAGUCCAAAUGCCAGUUGAUAUGGGAAGGAGUAGUUUCAGAGAGAAGUUUUGGAGAGAUGCAAUUCAAGGCCUGCCCAACUGAAUUAUUUGCCCGGGAUCAUUUCAAAAAGCAUGGAGUGGAACACUACUGGGACCUGGCAUAUGGAAAGAAAAUAUUAGAAGAAGCUGAUAGUGGCAUUUAGGGAUUGGAAGUUCAAAUCAUGGUAAUGGCCCACCAACUCAACAUAGAAGUCCCAGAUUAGCUGCAAAGGAAACAACAAAAAACAGCAGAAUAUACAAUACUAAGAUUAGACAAGGUUGUUGUACAACUGGGCUUUGUAUCAUGUGCCUGAUGCUUCACUGCCAUGGUAAGGCCUCAUAAUCUCAUAAUUAAAAUAUUAUAUGACUAUGUAGAAAGCUGUAUGGAAACAAUUAUUUGAUUAUUAAUUCAUGACAAUUUUAUUAUAAUUUUUUACCUUUCUAGAACAGUGUUAGAGUUGUAUAGAUGAAGCAAUUGAUAUCUUCUUAGUUAAUAUAUAGUACUCAAGUAUCUUAUGGUUCUGUUUACAUUUUGUAAUGCUAAUUUGUACAUGACUGUCGGGUUACAAUCUUCAUACUUGAAUUAUAUUAAUUUUCUGUUGGAUAAACAUUGGCUUCAGUGUGCCAGACUGAUGCACACAUCUCUUUCUGGAAAUAAAAUCUUGGAUCUUUUACUGUAGGAUAAGCUCAUUAAUCUCUAUAUGAUCAGAUAUGGUUUUCACUGUUUCAGACUAAUCUUUAUAAAUGAACUACUUCUUAUAGGUAAUGGCAAACUACUGUUGGAUAGGAGGAUAAGGUACCCUCACAUGCACACACAUAUAUUCCCAAAUAGGCAUGAGAGAUUUUUCAAGUAAAUUCUGACAUAAUUGAAUGGUUCCCCAUCUAAUCAAUGACUCACUUUUAUAGAAUUACUAUUAUUUGUCAUUAUUAUUAUUAUUAUUAUUAUUAUUAUCAUUACUGAUAUUAAUAUUAUUAUUACAUUUGUUUUCUUUCUUUUUUUUAUAAUUAAUUGCUGCAGAACAUCAUAUACUAUAUUACUUUCUAGAAAUUUGCCUCCAGUCUUUGACAUUGAAUAUUAAAGUUACAUUAUUCACUUUUCAUAAAUUUCACAUCUUCAUUUCUACUAUUGAUUUAAUCGUAAUACAAGUGCCUUCUAUUUUAAGGUGUGGCAUGUUUUUUUUUUUUUUUCAACAAUGUGCAAUGUAAUUUGUACAGUAUUUAUCAGUUGUUCAUACUGUUGUAUAUAUAGAGAUAGACUUCUUGUGAAUAAAGAAAACUAGUUUAAUUUA